AUGAACGUAACUAGUGAAAGCUGUACGGCACAGAUGCCAUACGGAUUCCAGCCCAGUUUUAAAGGGAUUUACAUCGCCACUGAGCUCAUCAUUGCUGUGUUUGCCAUCAUGGGAAACCUCCUGGUCUGCCUGGCUGUCAUCAGAAACAAGGAGCUUCGCACCGUCACCAACUACUUCCUGGUAUCAUUGGCAGUGGCAGACAUCCUCGUGGGCUUGGUGGCCAUUCCCUGCGCUGUGCUCACAGACCUGGGUCGACCUCACCAUAACCUGCCCCUUUGCCUGAUGAUGCUCAGCAUCCUGAUGGUGCUCACACAGAGUUCUGUCCUGAGCCUGUUGGCUGUGGCAGUGGAGCGUUAUGUGGCGAUCCUCCUGCCCUUCCAGUACCAGCGUGUCAUGAGCCACAGGAACGCCUGGCUAGCCCUGCUGGUCACCUGGGGCCUGGGAAUCAUCACUGGAUCUGUGCCACUCAUUGACUGGAGAAGACAACCAGUAGACUCAGACUUCUGCAUCUUCACCUGUGUGGUGGACAUGAGCUACAUGGUCUACUUCAAUUUCUUCUGCUGCCUGCUGGUGCCGCUGGUGGCCAUGUUCAUCAUCUACGGCCACAUCUUCCUCACCAUUCGCCGCCAGCUCAGGCGCAUCGCCGUGGCCAGGGCUGCCGCAAGGGACAGGCCAGCUGCUGGUAGUGAGAGCUCUGGGACAGAGGACAGUGGACGUUCAUCUGCUCAGGGAAGCACAGGAGGUGGAGCAGACAUGGGGGCAGGAAGAGGAACCGCUUCUUCUACCAGCUCUGCUCCUGCUGACCGUCGUCCAGGAGAGUCCAACCUGGCCAGAUCCAACGCUCGCACCCGCCACGAACUACGGAAGGCCAUCUCCUUAUUCUUGGUCCUGUUCCUCUUCAUUGUGUGCUGGAUGCCCAUCCACCUCAUCAACUGUGUCCUGCUGUUUUGUCCACACUGUAAGGUGCCCAUGACCAUCACACUUGCAGCCAUUUUGCUUUCGCACGCCAACUCGGCCCUCAAUCCAAUCCUAUAUGCGUACAAGAUGAGGUCUUUCCGACGCACUCUGAUAGGCAUGUGGAGAGGAAUGUGGAAAUUUGGUCCAAAAGGGUAG